AUGGGGACUGCGGCUGCUGCAGCGGCGGCGGCCGGGGAGGGGGCGCGCAGCCCGAGCCCCGCCGCCGUGUCGCUCGGCCUGGGCGUGGCCGUAGUGUCGAGCCUGGUGAACGGGUCCACGUUCGUGCUUCAGAAGAAGGGCAUCGUGCGCGCCAAGCGGCGAGGUACCUCCUACUUAACAGACAUUGUAUGGUGGGCAGGAACAAUUGCAAUGGCUGUUGGCCAGAUUGGAAACUUCCUGGCUUACACAGCGGUCCCCACGGUCCUGGUGACUCCUCUUGGUGCCCUUGGAGUGCCAUUUGGGUCCAUUUUAGCUUCUUAUCUUCUGAAAGAAAAGCUCAACAUCUUGGGCAAGUUGGGGUGUCUGCUAAGCUGUGCGGGUUCUGUCGUGCUGAUUAUCCAUUCCCCGAAAUCUGAGAGUGUGACUACUCAGGCUGAGUUGGAGGAGAAGCUGACCAAUCCAGUGUUUGUGGGCUAUCUGUGCAUCGUGCUGCUCAUGCUGCUGCUGCUUAUCUUCUGGAUCGCACCGGCCCACGGGCCCACCAACAUCAUGGUCUACAUCAGCAUCUGCUCCUUGCUGGGGAGUUUCACCGUGCCUUCCACCAAGGGCAUUGGGCUGGCUGCCCAAGACAUCUUCCACAACAACCCAUCUAGUCAGCGGGCCCUCUGCCUGUGCCUGGUGCUCCUGGCCGUGCUUGGCUGCAGUAUCAUCGUCCAGUUCAGGUACAUCAACAAGGCCCUCGAGUGCUUCGACUCCUCUGUGUUUGGGGCCAUCUACUACGUGGUGUUCACCACACUGGUCUUGCUGGCCUCAGCCAUCCUCUUCCGGGAGUGGAGCAACGUGGGUCUGGUGGACUUCUUGGGCAUGGCCUGUGGGUUCACCACUGUCUCCGUUGGAAUUGUCCUUAUACAGGUGUUCAAAGAGUUCAACUUCAACCUGGGGGAGAUGAAUAAAUCUAAUGUGAAAACGGACUAG